GGUCGGCAGCUGGGCGGGGGGGGGGGUUGGCAAUGCAGGGUGCCCUGCGGCGAGGGUGGACGUGGUGCAGAACAACUGCUGGGUGCUGGGAGACGCCUGCGGUCGCGUGGCUUCGCAGAAGCAUCUGGUUUUCUGGUUUCAUUAUCCUAGGCAAACUUCUUGCUCCCGUAAAGGCUUCAGUGCCGCGCUCCAACAGCCUCCUUCUCCCAGCCCGCUCCCCCGGCGCAGCCGAGCUCUGACUCAUGGCUUUGCGCCCUCGGAGCUGGCAGCGUGGCCGCCCCAGCCCAGGCUGCGAAGCAUUCCUUAAAUGUACAAACAAUCCCCAGCCCCGCCAGCAGUGCAGGGCUCGCCUGCCUGGGAGCAGCCCCAGCCCGGUGCCGGCACGCGGAGGGGACCCAGCUGGUGUCGGGGCAUGGCCGCAGGGAUGUGCCCCGGGUUCGGGGCCGGGGCACCCGUGCCAGGGGAGCGGUUUGGGGUUGCUGGGGACGGUCGGGUUUGCGGGGUGUCGCAGGACAGGGCCCCGCUGUUGUUACAGGUUGAUGGUCCCACGGUUGGCGGCAUCCCGGGGAGAAGAUGGCUCAGCCUGCACACCUGAACCAGAACCUUCCCGAUCUCGGGGGCCCCUUCUUGUACAGGGACCAAGACGAUGGGGAGAAGAGCUCGUAUUCGGUGGAAACCCCCUAUGGCUUCCUCUUGGACCUGGAUUUCCUGAAAUACGUCGAUGACAUCGAAAGCGGCCAGACGCUCAAGAAAGUGCCGCUGCCGCGCAGGGCGAAAGGGGCCAGGCAGCAGCUCGGCACGCUGCGCAGCCCCAGCAGCCACACCAGCGGCUGGACCUCCACCGAGUCCCUCACCUCCACAGCCAGCGAGGACGGCAGGACCGCGCUGCUGCUGUCCCCACACAGCCGGGCGCCCCCGGAGCCCCUGAGCAAGCAAACCUCCCACCCCGCAUCUCCCCCGCCGGCCGUGCGGCUGCUCCCACCUCCUGCCCGCAAGUGCUUGGCACGAAACCUGCAGGUGGAGAAGACCUUGCUGGAGACGAGUAGGAGGCUAGAGCAGGAGCAGAGCCAUUCGCAGCCGGGCGCCCCGAGCCAGGUGCACCCAUGGGUGCCGGCGGGCACCGAGGGCCAGCCGGGCUCCGCGCGGAUGAGCCCUGGCAGCUCGGGGCGCAGCACGCCGGCUGCAGGGCUCGGCGCUGCCCCGCUGCAGCACGUGCGGGAGCAGAUGGCCGCGGCUUUGCGGCAGCUGCGGGACCUGGAGGAGCAGGUGAAAACCAUCCCCUUCCUGGAGAUGCAGAUCUGUGAGCUGCAGCAGGAGAAGGCGAAGCUGAUGGAGAAGCUGUCGGUGGAGCCCGGCGGGAGCGAGGAGCAGCCCCGAGCGGGGCUGGAGUGCGAAGCAGAGCCGGCAAAGGGUCGAGCAAGCAAGAUCGCGGAGCUGAGGAAGCUGACAGAGAAGCUGGCCGUGUCAGAGCGGGGCAGCCGUAGCUGGCCGGGCAAGGGCACGGCCGCCCGCCCCAGGGGUGACGAGAGGCCGUGCCGCUCUGUGGCUGUGGGCGAGGACCGGCCCAUGACCGAUGCCGUCUUCUACUACCAGUCACAGCAGGUGGGCAGCGGCGAGCCAGGCGGCGGGGCCCCAGAGCGCCGGGACGCGGCCGUGUGGGUGCUCGAGUCCUCGCUGGGGCUCGCCCCCGAGGUGGAGCGGGAGCUGGAGCUGCUGCAGCAGACGGUGGGGCACCAGAAGGAGGUGAUUGCCCUGAUGGAGGGGCACCUGCAGGAGGCCACACGGGAGCUGGAGGAGCUGCGGCUGGAGGUGUGUGCCCGCCGGCCCCGUGGGCGCACGGACAAGGAGGUGACAGCCAAGCCACAGGUGGCCGAGGCGCUGGUGGAGGCAGCGGUGGUGACGCAGAGCCAGGCAGUCGGCGACCCCGUGGAGAUGGUGGAUGUGGCCGUGGGGUGCUCCCCGCCGACGGCCUGUGUCGGGGUGGGCUGCUGCCCCGACCGGCGGGAUGUGGCAGUCGGGCCUGAUGCGGCCUCGGGGCAUGAAGACAAAGGCAGCCAGGCCGACAGGGCCGGCACCGACAGGGCCAGCCCCGAGAGGGCCGGCACCGACGUGGCCACUGCUGAUGCAGGCACCACCACCCCAGCACGCAAGGAGCUGGAGCCCAGCGCUGGCGGUGCCGGAUGCCAGCGCACCCCAAGCGGUCCCCAGGGUGCAGCGGAGGUGUUGGAAGCGACAGGGGACACGUGCCUGGGCAGCCCGGCCCCUGAGGCCGCAGUUGUGGAGGUGGUGGACGGUGGCCAGGAUCCGUCCUCAGCACGGGAUGGCAGAGCAGCCGCCAGCCCUGCAGCCAGAGCCCUGAAGUCCAUCAUGAAGAAGCGGGACGGUGCCCCCCGGAGCGAGGCCGAGGGCAGCAAGAAGAGCCUGCAGUUCGUGGGCGUGCUGAACGGGGAGUACGAGAGCACGUCCAGCGAGGAGGAGGAGGAGGAUGGAGACAGCUCCUCUGAGAAGGCUUCAGCCGACAGCUCCGACAGUGAGGAGCAGGGUGGCACCGACACUUCGGAGGAGGAGGAAGAGGAUGCCGGGGGUGGCCAGAGCGAGCCGGGCGAGCAGCAGGAGCAAGAGGGGGCCAGCGUGGCCCCACCAGAGCCCACCGAGGUGAAGGAGAAGUUCGAGCUGAGCCCCAGGAUGCGGGAGGCCUGCCUCAUCGUCAAGACCCACCUGGGCCACCCCGGGGCCACCAAGAGCAAGGAGGCGCUCGCCAGCAGCAGCCUGGUCCUGCAGGAGUGGUUCCGUCUGUCCAGCCAGAAGUCAUCCGUCCCCGACACGGUUGCCAACCACCUCCUGGCCUUCGCCGAGCUCUCGCCAGCCCUCCUGGCCCACGUGGUGAACCUGGCCGAUGGGAACGGCAACACAGCCCUGCACUACAGCGUCUCCCACUCCAACUUCCACAUCGUGCAGCUGCUGCUGGACACGGGGGUCUGUAACGUGGACCACCAGAACAAAGCUGGCUACACGGCGCUCAUGCUGGCAGCGCUGGCAGCCGUCGAGCAGGAGGACGACAUGAACGUGGUCAGGAGGCUCUUCAGCAUGGGCAACGUCAAUGCCAAGGCCAGCCAGGCUGGCCAGACGGCGCUGAUGCUGGCAGUCAGCCACGGACGGCAGGAGAUGGUGGAAGCCCUGCUCGCCUGCGGCGCUGACGUGAACCUGCAGGAUGAGGAGGGCUCGACCGCGCUGAUGUGCGCCUGCGAGCACGGCCGGGUGGAGACCGUGAAGCUGCUGCUGGCUCAGCCCACCUGCAACAUCUCCAUCGUGGACAGCGAUGGUAACAACGCUGUCGCCAUCGCGCUGGAGGCCGGCCACAGCAACAUCGCGGUGCUCCUGUACGCCCACCUGAAUGGGACAAAGGCGCAGCCACACCAGGGGCCAUCAACAGUGGGCACCAAGAGCCCCGGGAACCCAAAGAAACCAAAUUAGAAUGACCUUUGGAUCCAGCCGUGUGCCAGCUGGCCACCCUCAGUGCUGGGCUGUAAUUUACGUCCCCCCUCCUGCUGCUCCCUCGUGUGCUGAAUCGCUCCCUGAGGCUGAAGAUGUUUUCAUCCUGCUGGCAACAGAGCAGGCACUGUCCCUGGGCCUCGCUCACCCUGCCUGCUGCAGGAAGCGUCCCACGGUGCCCACCUCGCUCCAAGUGACAGAGCCAAGCAUCAAGUGACCUCCGCUGCCGGCCACGAUCACUGGAGCUGUGCCACCUUGGAGCCCUCUGCAAGGCCCCAGCUCACCGGAACAGCGAAAAAGCAAGCCAGCAGAAAUAGCAGCUGGUUUCUGCUCCUAGAGCCAGCUCCCAGCAACUGCAGGAGGGCAGCAGAGCCAGUGAUGGGGAGCAGGGCUGCAGGAGGGCGAGCAUCAGCAGUGACAGGAGAGGGGACACAGAGCUCACACUGCCACGGGAGCAUUUCCAGACUGAAAUGCGUCCUCGUCUUCUCCGGCAUUUUAUUUCCCAGCAGAAACCUGAAGCUUCUCUAGCACAUGUACACAAAGGAAAAAAAAAUACAUUGCUUUGUCAGAAAAAGCUGGAGUUCAACAUGAAAUCAGUGAUUUGAUUUGCUCGAUGAGAGCAAAACUUGUGGAUGCUUGGGGCUACAGCCAAGCUGAAAGAAGGGGACUGAGAGCCACAACUGCUUAGGGACUGGGCCUGCCCAGCUGAUGCCCCACACAGGAUCCCAAAGCUAAAAGUCACCUUGUAAACACUUCCCCUUUUAACAGUCUCAGAGCUGCUAGCAGCUCAGGGGCUCGAGUUGCCUUGACAAGCCCCUUUCUGCCCACUCCCCUUCCCCAAGGGGAGGGUGGCUGAGGAUAAGGAAAAGAGAUCAGCAGGAAGAGCUCAGAGGGAGAAAGCCUAGGGCCUGCGGAGAUGGACGCGUAUGUCAGAGCACGUGUGUGUGAGUGUGUGCGCACCAGGCGGGGUGGGAACAGACGAGGUGGGAACAGACGAGGUAAGCUUUAAGGACUGGGAGCAAAAAAAAAAAGGCUUUUGCAUGUGAAGCAGGCUGCCCUCUGACUCCUUCACAAAGGUGACCCAUGUCGCAGCUCCUCCUCCUCAGCUCAUCUCCCUCCCUCUCACACCACACAGGCCUUGUCUGAGCCAUUCUGUCUGCUGGGAAAUGCUCCCCAAGAAAGCUGCUGGGGCAACGUGCCGCUGUCCUCGCCCUUUUUCAGCUUUGCACUGAAGUUAAUAGCAGAUGCUCACAGCCGCUCUCUUUGCGCUGCUCUGUAUGUAUUCCAUACUCACUGCUUUGGUUUCACAGGUUUGUUUACUGACAUUUUAAUAUUGAUGUUUAUUUUUAAGAUAAAUAAAACCUCAAGUAAAAUUA